AUGACUGACAUCAACGUUCUUACCAUCACCGCAUCUGAGCUCGAAGCCAAGCUCAAUGACAAUUCCAUCACCAGCAGGCAGCUAGUCAAGCUCUAUCUCUGCCAAAUAGCCAAAUACAAUGGAUACCUAAAAGCCGUCAUCGCUGUGGCGCCUGAGGAUCUUUUAGACAAGACAGCUGCUAAGCUUGAUGCUGAACGAGCUGCAGGCAACGUCCGCGGGCCGCUACAUGGCAUUCCGAUUCUUCUCAAGGACAACAUCGCCACCGUCCCAGAGCUAGGGUUGCCCACUACCGGCGGCAGUCUUGCGCUUGUCGGCUCCAGGCCGAGGAAGAAUGCAGAAAUUGUUGACCAGCUCAUAGAAGCGGGCGUCAUCAUCAUUGGCAAAGCAAACUUAUCUGAGUGGUCUGGGUACAGGUCGAAUAAGGCGAGCUUGGGGUGGUCUGCUGUGGGCGGCCAGACGCAGUCUGCAUACGUCCGGGGUGGCCUUCGCGAAGAUGACUCCAAUGGUGGCCACAGUAGCCCUGGAGGUUCUUCCUCCGGCUCUGCCGUCGCAGUCGCUGCGGGAUUCUCGCCCAUUUCCGUCGGGGCCGACACCAUGGGCUCUCUCAUCAUGCCCAGCGAUAGGUCCGCAUUGUAUACCAUGAAGCCCACCGUGAAGAUUGUGUCGCAGGCCGGCAUCAUUCCCAUCACUCUCGAGCUAGACUCCGCCGGCCCUAUGGCCAAAUCGGCCUUGGACCUCGCGAAUCUUGUUCAAAUCCUUGUAGAUCCGAGCAAGACGACGAUACCUCGAGGUGGAUACAAGACCGCCGCGACUGGUUCAUGGGGCGACAUUCGGAUCGGCAUCUUGGAGCCUGAGAAAUGGCUUUUUGAGACGGAACUCGUCAAGUACGAAAAGCAGGCGACCGAUCAAAUGCUACGAGAAUGGAAGCAGGCUUACGAGAAACUGAAAUCUGUAGCCAAAGUUGUGAAACCUGUGACUCUCAUAUCGCUAGAAGAAUCCACCGAUAAUGGAAGGAUUAAAAUAUUCAACGCCUUUGACACAACUUUCAAGGAUCUCGUAAAAGAUUAUCUCUCGGGAAUUGACAACAGCAAAAUCCAAUCACUUGAGGAUCUUAUCGAGUUUAAUGAAGCCCAUGCAGACAAGGAACUUCCCCCAGGCGAGUCAAUACGUGCAGACAAUCAAGCAGCUCUUCUCAGAGCCGCGCAGGCGAAAAUGACCGAUGAUGAGUACAACGACAUUAUGAACAGCGCUCGCGAGCUCUCUGGUAAGAAGGGAAUUGAUAAGACACUCGAAGAGAACGAGGUCGACAUCAUCAUCGGACCCGGAGACGGUCCAAUGUUUGGCAUUCCCCUCAAAGCAGGCUACCCAGUAGCGACGGUGCCUCUUGGCUAUCUCGAGUUCAACGGGAGGCCCUUUGGCAUGCAAAUUACGGCCAAAGCACACCAGGAAGCUCUGCUGAUUCAAGCUCAGAGCGCAUGGGAGGCGACUUUUCCAAAGCGCCAGCCGCCACCACUGCAUGAAAUAGCUCUCAAUUGA